AUGUUAGAAGAAAAUGAACCUGAAUUAAUUGGAUUUUUUGAUAAAUUAGUUGAAGCUCUUAUUCUAAUAACAAGAAGUUUUUAUAAUCAAGAAGAAGCAAAAAAAUCUAUUGUUUCAUUUUGUUAUCUUUUUGCUUGCUUAAAAAAUAAAUUUGCAAAUAGUUAUAAAUUAGAUAUUGAACUUCAUUUAGCUUCAGCAGAAACUUCAUAUAAAGAUAUAGAUAUUUUAGCAAAUACAGAACUUAUAGUUUUAUCUAAAACUAUAUUUUAUUUAUUUUUAGAAUUAAGUAAAUUUGAUAAUAUAGAUAAUUUAACAAUUCAUUUAUAUAAUGAUACUAUUUUAGAGCAUAAAGAUGAAAGAUCUAUGCAAAAUUUAAAACUUGUAGAUUUUAAAGAAUUAGAGUUAUAUUCAUUUGAUAAUUAUGCUAAAGUACUUAAAAUAAUUAUUAAUAUUCCUUUACUUAAUAAUUAUUUAAAUCAAAAUAUAAUUUCUAUAAUUACAAAUUGGCCAAGACAAUUAUUUAUUAGAAAAAUUAUUACUUAUCUAAAAAUUCAGUAA